AUUCACCCAUGCCAACGGAGCCGACAAGAUAGAUUGACAACGCAACGAUGCCGCGCUUCACGCCCCAGCGAACGCGCGCUGCGACCAGACACCCAGGAACCAGCACCGCAUCCACGAGGAAAGGCGGCGCUGCCACGGCAACCGAAAUACGAGCCAGAACAGCGACCCCAGCAGAAGUCCGUGCCUCGGAAGCACCACACGGCUGGCGCCCACGUACCCUCGAAGCCGAAGUCCCCAACUUCCGUCUAGAAACUAGCGAGCUGAUCCUUGACAAGGAUGUGGUGCUCCUGGAGGGCAAUCACCAUGGCACCGUCAGGAACAGCUCCCAAGCACACAGCAUCGGAGCCUCAAGACGCCGCAUCCACUGUCAUGAUAGAGCCUUCUCUCAUUGCAAAAAAAUACAUAUAACAGCGCAACCCAGAUCACUGCAUUCGAACAGCCGAUAACCACCCUUCGCGAGUAGCCUCGCACUGUCCCGCAUGACCUUCGCAGACCCGAAGGUGCCGAACGGCUGCGUGAUGCUAUCUAGCUCCUUGUCGUCCCUCUCGUCAGGCGACCAUGGUUUAGCCUCAGAAGGCCCAGCACUGACGCCAGCACCAGCUGCAGGAACACCCGCAAGCUCAUGGGACGCGCCUUCUUGCACCCGCGGACGCUCGGCCGCGACGAGCUGGGCAAUAUUGCCUCCAACACCGUCCAUGAGCCGCUUCGUCGCAUCACCACUGAGGUUGGAGCCCUCCGCAAGUUUCUGCACGAUCUUCUCCAGGUCCUCCGUGGAGGCGCCCAGUAACGGCAAGAUGACGGCCGCCUGCAGCGCGGGCUCGGGCGCGCGUCCAAGCGAGGCAUGGUCCUGCCCGAGCUCACCUUCAAGCUCCACCUGCUGCCGCUGCAGCUGCUCCAGAUUCUUCUCAGCCUCCUCGACCGCAGCCUGCGCCCGCGCCAGCUCCUCAGUGGCCUUCUUCUGCGCGGCCUCGGCCUCUGCGACAUUGGCCGCGCCAGCCUUGACCCUAUUGGCCAGGGCGUGGGGUGCGCAGCGGCUUGGAGUCGUGAAGCUUCUUUAUGGCGGACGCCAGCUUCUCCCCGAGCACGCGCGGCUGCUCCUCAGCCCAGAUUCCCUGCCCCUGCUUGGCGAUGGCGACGUUCGCCUCCAAGGCCUUGACCUCGGCCGCCAGCUGAGCCUCACCUUCGCUGCCACCCCCCCGCCUCGAGGUCGACGACCAUGGCUGAGGACCCAGGGACACGAGAGCCUGAUUGUGGCUGCGCCUGCUUGCGGAGCUGCUCCAGCUCGGCCAGGGCAGCCUGCAGCGCCUUCUCGGUCUUGCUUUUGCUACCAGCUCCCCCGUAUGCCCAUGGCCAGGCGGCACUGAUGCAGAUGUUGAGCCCAUGGCUGCCGAACACGCGUGCUGGGCUCGGAGCCGUCCGACGCAGGGCCCCAGUAGACAACGGACUUGUCGAGCCUGCAGCCAUGACACUUGAGGUUGGAGCCCCAAGUGACCAGCUUAAGCCGAGUCCGCGGAUUAAGACAAGAACGACAAUGCCAAUCUUGGCGCUCGUUGACACGAGCAGCGCGAUUGGCCAUCGGAUAGCAAAUGUGAGUGCGAUGGCAAAGCAGUGAGGGAUGGAACCUCCAUACCGUGCGUAAGCAGUCGGGGCCGCGGUAUCUCCACGCCAAACCGAAGUCCCUGGGAGCCUUCACGCUACGGACUUGAGCCAAAAUGGCU